AUGAGUUCUAUAGAUACUUUGAAAGACCACUAUCACAAAUUAUUUAAUCUGAUCCUUACAACCGGUAUAUUUCCGUCAUCAUGGUCAGAAUCUCUCCUAAUGCCCAUUUACAAAAAAGGUCAAAAAAAUGACACAAAUAAUUAUCGCGGUAUUGCUUUAAGCAGUUGUUUAUCAAAGGUUCUCUUAUCAAUAAUAAAUAAAAGAAUAACGAACUAUUUUGGAACUAAAUGA